AUGGAUGACGACCAAUUAAUACCGUAUUCCAAAAUAUUGGCGGGUGUGGCUGAGAAUGAACUGGCCUUGGCGACAUCGCGAGAUGGCAACAUUCAUGCGACGAUAAUAGUCGAAGAAUUCUGCAGAGCCCAGAUCGACAUCCGUUUGGGUUGUAGUAGGAUGAUGAUCUCUUUCGCACGAUCUUGUACUGAAUCAAUCGUUACACGUACUUCAGCUUCGAUAGCGAUUUACUCGGUGUCCUGGUGGGGUAGAAGGAACGUCGAUGAAGGCAAACGGUAUGUUGGCACGCCGGAAGGACAUAACGGAAAACAGCAUUUGUCGAUGUUGAGCUUCUAUACCACUGAUCAGCGCUCCGUUGCAGGCGAUUUGGUUAGGAAGUUUCAGGAG